AUGAUAAGCUCAAGCUAUAUUAAAACAUACAACAUGUUUGGAUUGUUUGUUUCAGUGUCUUCAUUGCUUGCAGGGCUAAGAUUCUAUGCAACAGGGAACAUAGGCUAUCUAAAGAUAAUGGGCAUGCUCCAAUCGUUCUUUAUCAUGGAAAUAGCAAACAUAUGCACCAAGAAGAGUAAUGCAAGGUAUCUCCCCACUGUGAUGCAGGUGAUCUCGCAGUUACUCAUGGUAUGGAUUGUUUUCUGGUACUAUAGAAUAAUCAACUGGUCCUUUCCAUUAAUAAUAGCGUGUUGGUGCCUUUCAAACAUGAUACGGUAUGUGUUCUAUAUAUUCAGAACGCAUACAAUAGGCAUCAUACGGUAUAAUCUCUUCCUAAUAACCUCUCCAACAGGAUUCUUAUUGGAAAUGUAUUGCUUAAAGACGCUUUAUGAUAGCUCAGGUAGAGUGCUUUCAUAUGUAGUUGCAAUAUCUGCACUUGCAUAUGUUCCAGGAUUCAUGUUUAUAUUUUCGCAUAUGCUCAGGCAGAGAAGAUGGUCUAAGAAGACUCGAGCUGCAAGGCACAAGAAGAAAGCUUAA